AUUCGUUCAUACAGCAAGGCAGAAGUAGUUCGUGCAGUCCAUCCAGCGAGAAGGAUGGCAUAAUAUCGGCAUCCAAUUAAAAAGUGUCAAACAGGAAAAUGAGUGAGCACUACUGCUCUCGUGUCUCGUAUUAUUGAAAGUUGUACAAUAAUUGAAUUUCCGCUUCCGCCGUGGUGGAGAGUGAAGAUAAAAGUGCAAUUUUCCACGGAGAUUUUUCCACGUCGUCUGUUCUAAGCAUCGAAGUUUAGGAAUUUUGAAUGUAGAUAGGAUUGUGUGCAUUCCAGUGUCGUCGUGGCCAAAGUGGCGAGAACAAGUCCAAAAGUUCAAAAGUUGUGCUGCAACAUUCGUGAAAAGUGCUACCCCUUGAAAGUGGGUCAAAUGUUGGAUUUAUCCUCGGCGAGGAAGCUGUAACAACUGGAUUCGCUAGAUUUAAGUGCCCCCGGAGUGUAUUUUUGUGUGCCUACAGAAAACGUGUCUGCAUUAAAAAUUUACCAGAGCAAACACACACACACGCCAUCCGCCCAGAUUUCGACGUCGACGGACCAUUUUCCAACCACCCAGACUCCAUUAAUUAGGCGAGGAAAAACCACCCUCUGCGACAUCGCGCACACACACACACACACACACACACAUACACACGUUGGAACCUUCUCGGUCCUUGGGCUCCGACUUCAACAGGAGGAGGCACUUGCCAACAAGGAUAGCCGGGCCGGCGGGUGAAGCAACAACAACAACAACAACAAUUGCCUCCCCCUCUUCCGUCUUGGGUGGAAAUUUUUGGCCUGCAGCAGUACAAGUUCACGUUUGUUAGUGUACGUCAACAACUUCAACGGCAGCAAGGAUAAUAAGGACAAACUCAGCGUCCGCGCAAAUGACGUCACCCAAGACUUGCCCGGCCAUUGUCACCAGCAGCAGCAGCAGCAACACGGCCAGUGCCAACCUCGUCGCCGCCAACAACUUCCAGCAGGGCGUUCCAUCUGCCCUCACGGUAUCGCAUCGCAUCCUGCGCUCGCCAUCGCACGAGAGCUUCUCCACGGACCUGUCGCUGAUCUCGAUCUCCGUGUCGUCGAUGGCGUCCGAGGCGACCAGCGUGCUGAACCGGUCCAGCUGCAGCCUGCUGACGAAGACGAUGGAGGACAAGCUGGGCAAUUUGCUGAUCAAAGAUGCCAAAAAGAAUCGAUCAUCUACCAUCACCGAGCGCUGGACCGAGAGUAACGAUCUGAUCCGAAACUGUGCCACGCUGUCGGCCGCGCUCGGCAUUCACAAGAGUUUCAGCACGACCGACAUCUACCAGCUGCCGUCCGAUCAGCAUAACAUUGGCGGAAGACUGUCGACCUCCGAGCUGGCCCUGACGUCGUUCCAGAAGGCCGGCUACCUGUUCGACCAUCCCCGGCUAGAUCACACGUCCCGUUCGUACUCGACCUGGGUGGCCGUGGGAGAGCUCGCAUCCACGUCGCAGUUGCCUUCGCCGCACGGUGGUCAGUCCUCGAACCAGGUUCCGACGAUCUGCAACUCCACUCCGACGCCCAGCUUCACCGUCUCGGACCUGAUCAGCUCGGUCAACAAGAAGAUCCGCCAGAACUACAUCCGGCGGCGACUCUACACGACCUACCGUGCCAUUGAGCGACUCUCCCAGAGCGAGUUCAACCUGGACCGGCUCGAGGCAGCCGCGUUCGCCGCCAGCAAUUUCAGCAAUCCCGGCCCAACCGAACUGCUCGUCCCAACCACCCAUGCCUCGGCGUCGCCCAUCAGCGGCAAGUCGGCCAACGUCGAAUCGAGCCCGGUCACGACCGGCUCGGCCAGUCCAGCUGCUGCAGGCACUUCAUCGGCCGCCAAAAAGUCCAGCAGCAAAUCCAAAAAGAACCUAACAUUCCUAGACAUCGAAAGCGAACGGGGCAAACCGCUGUCCAAGUACGAACGCCACAUGCUGAUCUUCAACUGGCUGCACACCAUCGACGAUGCACCGCUGGAGAUCGAAAAUUGAUCAACACAAUCGACACAAACUCUUGAUGUUUAAACUCUUCUUUACUGUUACCAAUGAAAGUGAAAAUGAAACCAAAAAAAAAAAACAAAUAAAAGUAUUUGAUACGCGCGCGCAUACGUAGAGUAAAUUAUACCUUACCUAGUCGUAUUUAGUAUAGGAUGAAUUAUAUCCAAAACCAAAAACAAACAAUGAGAAAAGAAAAGCUUUUGACCUAUCGCAGCUUGAACAGAACAAAUUUAACAAAACAACAACAAAAACGUAGCAAAAGCGCUGGUUAUUUUUCUAUUGAUUUAGUAGGUUAGGCGAAAACACUGCAAAACUGUUUGAUGCUGUGUAAUAAUAGCAUAGGAUAAAUCGUUCUAUAUUAAUCUCAUAAUCAUCAGCGAUCAGUCGUCCCGUUUUUGAAAACAACAGAAAAAAAAACUUUUUAGAAGGGCCUACGCUUUUAAGGGAGUGACCUAUUUUUGUAUAUCGAUUGUUCGUGGAACUUGUGUUGAAAAGAAAAUACCAACAACCAAAAAGACAAAAAAAAUAGGAGUAUGAGCUUGGUAUAAUAUCGUUCAUCAAAAGAAACCAAUUUUGUUGAAAAAAAAACAAUACCAGUAUUCUAGCGAUUAUUUAAAAACAGUUAUGAAAUGCAAGUGCAAUUUUUGCUGUAAUCCAGUAUUAUGAUAGUUUAGUUAAAUCUCACCUAUCAAAGUACUUUACCAACACCUGUAGAAGGACCAAAGUUUAUUUGUUGAUAAAUGUUAAUUUAUUCAAAAGCCUGUUCAGUUUAUCAAAAUUCGUAAUGUUUGGUGGUCUGCAUUUCAUCAUACACUCACUGGAGACUCGCUUGAAAAUUUGGGGGUUUUCAAUCUUUUGUAUGAGGGAUAGUUAGUAGGUAACCUAUCAAAAGAUGUGAGCACUUAGGAAAUAUUGAUUUACUUUGUUGAGGCCGGAUCUCAGAUAUUUUGAUGGAAAUGAUAUUAUGAUCAAACAUGCAGAAAUGUCCAAAGACUUUACGGUGUUUGGUAAUCUGGCAACCCUAUAUAAAGUUAUGGGCACUUUAGGGAAAUGCAUAAAACAUGUUAGAUUGAUGCUAUUUUAGAUAAACAUUUAGGAUGUAACAAAAAUUACUUUUUGGGGAGCAUUCAGGGGCUUGUUCCGGUGGGCGUGCUGAGCCCAGAUCCCAAAUAUGAUCUUGAUUGGGGCACUUUGGUUACUAAAUCGUAUACCUUUAACAUCACUGGCAUUACAUCAUCAUUAUAUGUAACGCCAACUCAAAUUUUCUGGCGAGUUUUUUUUAAUCAUACUUAGUACAAUGAAAUGUCGGUUGAUACGCAGAAAAAAAUAAACAUUCUAACUUCUAUCAACUUUCUGUAUAGAAUAGUAUGAAACAAGACUCGGUAAAAUAAUCAAAUUUGCUUAAGGAGCUAUUACACUACGGCAAACAAACUCGCACUUUUUGUUAUUUCUGGAGUUUUUUUUUUAAAAAAAGGUACAUUAAACUGAAUUUUCAGUUUUUGCUUUUUGAGUGUUUUUUAAUACCCCUGACUCGAGGCGGGUUCAAAAACACCUAAAAAACAAAAACUGGAAAUUUGGUUUAUUGGACCUUUUCAAAAAAAAAAAAAAAAAAACUCCAGAUUUGUUUGUACAAACGUCAGCCUGCAUACAUUUUGCCUUGUUUGCGAGUUUGGAAAACUGUCAAACACGAGAAAGUUCGAGUUUGUUUGUUUGUUUGCGAGAGUGUAAUGGCUCCUUUAGUUGCUCCUGACAGAAUUGGAAAGUUAAUUGAGAUUUUCCCAAACAGAAGUAUGCAUAGAAAUACAACGAACAUCAGAAAAGAAGAAAACUUAAUUUCAAAAAUAUUUUUUUGCCGCUGAACUAUUUCUUUUUAAUCUCAGGUCCAUACUCAACCAAAGACUAAGAAUUAUUAAAAAUAAUUCUAAAUAAUGAUUUUAUUUUAUUUACGCGCACUAAAAUCUAACACUCCUUGUAAAGGCAAAAGAACUUUAUUUGUUAACUUUCAUGAUUUUGCAGUAAACUAGAAAAACGUACAAAUGCCAAAAUAUUCACAUUUCAACUGUUCGUAAAGGGCCAAAAACUUUCAAGUAAUUGACAGUUUCCAGUUAGAGAACCAGAUUCUUCCUUUCAAGUGCAACAAAACAGAAAAAGAUUACGUAUUUGUU